AGAGAAAAGGCACUCACUCACCCCAUGCAUGUGCCACAAAUCAUGUGAAUUAGUAGUUGUUAACCUUUAAUUUGAAAAGAUUAUCCUUUUGAGUGUACAGCCAGAUAAAAUAAUUACAAUCUGUAAUAACAAUUCUGAUGUAAGGUGUGUGUGUGGGAAACUAAGAAACAAAGCUAUGGUGUAAGAAAAGCACAUAAAAAAUUCCUUUCUCUCCUUGUAUAUUGCUUUUCUCCAAUCAAAAACUUUAAAUUGCAGCACAAUCCAAGGCAGAAUACCAUCUUUCUAUUAGUGUUAAGGGCCAGGAUGAGCUAAACUGACUAGAAAAAAAAGACUUUAUUGAUCUUUAAUUGUAUAUGGCCUCUGAGAACACAGAUGUAGCUCAAACAAUGAGUGUGAGAUUGGGGCCUCAUCUCUUCCAGAUUUCUUGAACUCCGCUUCCCCUGCCAUCUUCCAGCUCAGUCCAAGACACAUGGUCACCCCCCUCUAGCCUCUUUUUUUCUCUUGGAUUUAUUCAGCUGAUAGCUCCUGGGCAGACAGACUGUAUCUGGAUGGAAACUGACAAUGAGAAAUCUAUACUGUUGUAUCCUCAACACCUCUCUGGAUCACACCUGGGGAAGCUUCCCUCCAUUCCAGUUUUGCCCUGUCAGUUGAUUCCCUGAGUUUACAUGACUUCCCCCUGCAAUGGCAUACUGUGCCUGCUUUUAACACAAAAAUUGAAAAAUAUUAAAGGGCCCGAUCCUGCCACCCUUACUCCUGUUGAGCCCUAUUUUGCUGUGCCAGUGUCCCGCUGAAUGGGCCUCGCUCUACCAGAAAUAAUUGGAGGGGGAGGCAGAUUCGGGUCCUGUCUCAAAGUGACAGUGCCUAGUCAAUAUAAGUGUUCUUUCGGCUUCGAACUCUUUGCUUUCUCCAGACUAAAUGAUGCGUUGUAUUUUCUUCUACCUCUCCAUAAUCAGGAAGGAAGUUUUCCUUACACAGGUUAAAUGACCUGGUUCCUGAGAUCAUGUGCUAAGUUUAGACAUGCAUUUAAAAGGAGGGUGUUGCAAGAUAAAUACUGUAAUUAGAGAAACGAAGUCUAUUUCGAAGCCUAAUUUAGCAAACAAAGCAGUUGCAUCUACUGCUCAAAAACUUUAAUGUCGAUCAUAUCUGCACAUACCGAUCUGUAUCCGAUUUUACUUUGCUAAACGUUUAAAAUAGCGAGAGAGAUGGGUAGCCGUCUCAAGUGAUUAGAACUACCUGCAUUUCAGGGUACUGCCGGAUUGGCUGGGAGACUGUAGAAAUGUCCCAUUCCCAGCCCGACGAGAUCAUUUUAAUUAAAGCUGAAGAAGAACUUCAGUUAACAGGCUGUUGCCAAACUGCCUCUGCGAGCGAUCCAGCAGCAGGUCCCCAGAGGAUUAGGUGGUAAAGCGUGCAGGGAAAGUAUCCCUCUUUCUCUCUUUUACACUGAGCAUCUGUAACUUUUCACUGGACGGUUCCACAGGUGGUUUCUAGGCUAAUCCACUUCCAUAGAACCCUGGUGCAGCCGCUGUGUGUCAGAAAAGACCCAAAGAUCUGGCAUGCGAGAGGAAAUUACCUUGCUUGCGAAGUGGUAAUGUUGGCUGGCAACUGAGCGUGGCGCACGCAAAACAACCUCACUGUCCAUGCACAAGGGAGGGUAGGUGAAUGCAGAGAGUUGUGCAAAACCUCCCUCGGUCGCAGCAGAAUCGAAACCUUCGCUGCAAAAGGGCCUAAGUGUCAACAGUAAAACCAAAGCGCCAGGGAAGGCGCGUCUGUCUCUGUCAGCAAAAGCGCAGUGAGCCAGGGAUCAACCUGCGGGCUGUGUUCCCAGGGAGCGCCCUGCUUUGAGAGGCAGAUGCGACCGGCGCAAGCAGCGAUCCGGCCUGACUGCGAGCUUUGCAAAGAGCUGGGGCGUGAGGAGAGGGGGACGUUUGCAGGCUGCAGCGGAUCGAAGUGGAGGCUCCCCGAUCAACGAGGGGAGAGACCGGGACUGGAGCUUCGAGAACUACUGUAAGGGGCAGACCAGCAGGAGCACUGGCAACACUUUCAGCCGCGUGUGUGUGUGUGUGUGUGUGCUGCUAGCAGCCCAUUGGCUGGGGGCUGCCUGAUGUCAUGGCUGGGUGUUCCUAUAAGCUCCCCAACACAUAACGGGCUCAGGACACUUGUAGACAGGACUUCUGGCAGGGCAGGAGCCGCCCAGGCUGCAGCUGCAGAAGGGGAGGGAGGAGGCUAAGAGGGGAACAAACAAAUGCAAAUUCCUGGCCACCAAACAGUCUGUCAACAAGUCUAACUGCAAGAGGCCCUCAGCCCGGCCAAGCCACCGCUGGCAUUUCUCGGGGGGCUGCCAAGUUUGGAUCGCCUACAGCGCGCGGGUGAUUGCUCCCGGACACCAGCCAGGCGCAGCGGGCACCGAGCGCAGGAGACAGCUGGCGUGGAAAGAGCGCCGGCGGAGCGCCGGCUCUGUGCAGCGGGCAUCGGACUUCGGAGCGUGCUAGGCUUGCCUGCGAAGAGCCCCAGCGCUGUGCUGCGGGGGAUCGGACGCGGGGCUGCCCGAGGCUUGCAUGUCAACAGGGAGCAGAGCGCAGAACUUGCGCUGCUGCGGGUAGGAAGCCAUGGGAUCGGUGAGUCCCACCAGCCCGGUGUUUGCUACGGUCAAUGUGAGCAGCAGCAAGGACCCGGACAGUUCCAGCCUGUCGCAAGACGUCUGGAUGGUGGGCAUGGGCAUCCUGAUGUCUGUGAUCGUGCUGGUCAUCGUCUUUGGCAACGUCCUGGUGAUCACCGCCAUCGCCAAGUUCCAGCGGCUGCAGACCGUCACCAACUACUUCAUCACCUCCCUGGCGUGCGCCGACCUGGUGAUGGGGCUGGCUGUAGUCCCCUUUGGGGCCAGCCACAUCAUGCUGAAGCAGUGGAAGUUUGGGAAUUUUUGGUGCGAAUUCUGGACCUCCUUAGACGUGCUGUGCGUCACGGCCAGCAUCGAGACCCUCUGCGUCAUUGCCAUGGACAGGUAUUUCGCCAUCACCUCCCCCUUCAAGUAUCAGAGCCUGCUGACCAAAAGCAAAGCCAGGAUUGUCAUCCUCGUGGUCUGGGUGGUGUCUGUUUUGACCUCCUUCUUGCCUAUCCAGAUGCACUGGUACAGAGCAGGGCACCAGGAAGCCCAAAAUUGUUACAAAAACGACACUUGCUGUGACUUCUUCACCAACCAGGCCUAUGCCAUCACUUCUUCCAUCAUCUCCUUCUACUUGCCUUUGGUGGUCAUGGUCUUCGUCUAUGCCAGGGUCUUCCAGGUAGCUAAGCAGCAGCUGAAGAAGAUAGACAAAUGUGAAAGGAGGUUUCAUAACCAGAACAACAACCAGCAGGAGCAGAACGGGAGAGCAAGUCACAGGAGAACCUCCAAAUUUUGCUUGAAGGAGCACAAAGCCCUGAAAACCUUGGGGAUCAUCAUGGGCACUUUCACUUUGUGCUGGCUGCCCUUCUUCAUAGUCAACAUCGUGCACGUGAUACAGGACAACAUUAUCCCCCCUUACCUGUACAUCCUCCUGAACUGGUUGGGAUACAUCAACUCCGGCUUCAACCCCCUUAUUUACUGCAGAAGCCCGGACUUCAGGUAUGCUUUCCAGGAGCUCCUGUGCUUCCGGCGAUCUGCCCUGAAGAUGCACGCCAAUGGAUAUUCCAACAGCAACGGGAAAAGUGACUUCAACGAGGAGGACGAUGGAUAUCAGUUGGGACAAGACAAAACGUGUGAAUUGCUGUGUGAAGGAGCGGGGCCACCUGUCAGUGAGGACUUAGUGCAUUGUAAAGGUACUGUGCUGAACGGUUGCAUUGAGUCCCAGAGCAUCAAUCAUAGCGCACACGAUUCCAUAUUGUAGAGAGCGGAGCCUUUACCAAAAAAAAAAAAAAAAGUCCAAUGAAAAAGGCACCUAUAAUGUAGUAGCUGCAAGAGAACUAGCAACCUUCAUACAAAUGUGUGGGUGCCCCCUUCGGGGAGGGAGCAGGUUGUUUAUUUGCAGGAUGUACAAAAUCCUCUGGCAAGUACAUAUUUAUACACACCGAGGGUUAUUUUAAGACAGUGGAUGAGGUUCAUCCCGUGAAGACUUGAUGACUAUUGUGGUGUUCUUGUUACUGUGUUUAUCUACCUCAUAGAUCUAGUAAUAAUAAGCACGUAACUGCUGCCCUCCAGCCUAGCUGGACUCCUGUCUCCUUGGUGACUGGGCUGUUUCCCAUCAGAGGGGAAGGUGAUAGGCCUGUCUCUGGAGCCUUUACUUCAGGGAUGAGUCAGGGUUCGAUUUCCCGAAUCAAGGCUGAAGUUUACUUCUUUGUGCAGUGAAUAUUGGUGUAAGGAUGACCUCACUGCACCUGUUUGUCCAAAGUCCUGUCCACUAUAUAAAAGUGUGGUGACAACUUCGAAUGGCUUCAGACUCAGUUCUGCUAGGAAUGGCUCAUGUCCCCCGCACCAAAUCCCCAUUAAUCCCAGUUCAGCUGGUCAGGCUUCAUGUUAGUACAGUAAACAUACCUUUCAACUGCCUAUGCUUCCUUUCCACCCACACAAAUAUGAUGGUCACAUUUUCAUUACUGCGCAUUGUUUAAAUCCCCAAACCUUGGAUGUGAAAGGAAUGGGCAAUGUCCGCUUAUGCUAAAGAAACCAGCCGCUUUCCCCAUUAUUAGACACUUCCUAUUGUAACAGUGUCCUUCACUUGGGAUCUUUGUUCCCUCUUGGCAUCUGGAGAGGUCUGAGCCUAAAUGCCAGAGGGAUUCAUGAGGAUUAAGCCCACAAUUAUAAAAUGGUUAGCACUAGGUUUCUGCAAUUGACAUCCUCCAAAAGCAGGGGGCUGGAACACGAGAACUAGCACUUCCCUUCCGGUCACUCUGAGCCUGAUUCUCCGGCCACCACCCGUGGCUGAGCUCGCUGCCCUGGAGGAGAGCGAGCAUUGCUAGGAAAGGUGGACGGGUCCGUCAGAGCAGCGCUCUGCUGGUUCCAACAGGGUUUCAGCUCAGCGAGUAGCCCGUGGCAGCUCGCUCCGUUUACAGAGGGACUCUAAAGCCAUUUCAGCGCCACUUCAGUGGCGAUCUUCACAGCAGAGAUGCUUUCCCCUUUUCUGUUUUGAUCUCAGAGGGCCGAGUGUGGAGCAGGCUAGGACACGCAGUGGGGGCUCGUAGGCAGUGCUCUGCUGAAUAAAGGGUGGUUUGAUCCGGGUCAUUAUAUUCUGUAUUAUUUGUUAAGCACUCAGUUUGCUCGGAGCUGUACCACUGCGGUCAGAGCGAGCUUAGUUUCAGAAUGCUGGGUUUUGGGGGUCACUGAGCGAACUGCUCUGGGCAGUAUUUUCCCCCUCCUGAAAUGUCCCCUUUUUAGUCUUCCCAUUUUUCAACGGUGGUUACACCCCGGCACUAGUCCCAGCGCUAGUGGAGUCAUGGGGCCGGCACUGCCCUUUAUAGUGCUCUUGUAAAGCACUUUGUGUAAUCGCUGAAUAAGUGUCCCCCAGCUCAUGAGGGCCAGGAACACCGAAGCAUGACCCAGGCCACCCCAGGCCGUUGUACAGCGAAAUCCCCCCUCCACAUCCAGUAAACCGGCUCUUGAACAUGAAUUCUCUUGUUGUACUAAACAAAACAAAUGAAACACGCGGUCAAAACAUGAAUCAGUUUUAGCCUCAGAUGGAGGGUACGGGGCAAAUCCCUGCUUAUGGAAAAGUCCUCUGGAAUUGUACAGGGUGAAGUUCUGUAGGGUGCUUCUAAAAUUACCGUAAAACCUUUAGAUUUUUAAAGGCAAUGAGAUAAUUUCUGGAGGGAUUUAGAAUCGCUCUAUAGAACUCUAUACAAGAGAGAGUAAAUUUGGUGGGAUGAUUUAAAGAAACUAAAGAAUGUUCCCUAUUAAAUUCUAUAGGACUUUUUUCAUUAAAAAGAAAAAAAGAAACAAGCUGGGGGGAUUUGGGAGAAUGUAGAAGACUCUUAUUGUAAAUUUCACUGAGAAAGUAGCUGGAAAGUUGUCCUGUGUGCUGCUAAAAAUCACCGAAAAUUCCUCUAGCUAAAGGGUUUCCCAAUCUUUGAAUUUUAUUUAUCUCAGAGAGCGUUUGGUCUCAGGAGACGGUGGAGAUGGAAGGUUAGGUCAGUCCUUGUUUCUGUGGCCCCGUUUUGUUUGUUUAUUAGCUUUCCCUCUUGGCAGGUUUUACGUUUUGUUCCUGGCUUGCAAAACUUGCUUCACGCUGGCUGCAAGCUCCGCGGGGCUGUCAGCCGGGAAGCUAAUACUCAGACACAAGUGGACAGG